ACAUCGCAGCACGUAUCCGGUUUCUAGCGCACACUUUCACCCACUGACUGCAGCCGCGGCUGACACAUUCGAUGGCAGACACGCUGACAGUAGUUCGUAAUCCUUAGCGGCACAUGUGCCAACAUUUUCUCACAUGACGACAAUCCCUUCACGACGCAAGCCUGGCAGAGUGCUGCGUUUUUCACAUCACCCGAGUUGACCCCUUGACCACGUCUACAACAGCGCUGGAAAAGGGGACGGAAGGUCGUUUGAGCGUUUAUUUAAUGGUCUUGGUAUUCAGUUUAAGGUCCAUGUACUCGUCCGCGCUUUGUUCUCAUUAGUAGAACAACUACAUGUCACUAGUGAGGCAAAACUGUGCACAAGUUAACAACAGUGCCACUAGUAAUACUAGUGACAUACAAUUCUACUAGUUAACAUUUAGCGCUUCACUAGUAGCACAGAUGUCAAGUGCAUCGUUUUGCCUCACUGGUAACAUAGUUGUCCUACUAGUAUGCCAAAUUUGUCGUACUAGUGUGCAGUAGUGGGGGGGGAAAAAGACAAAUUUACAGUAUAUUAAUAUUUGUCUUGUUUCUAGUCAAAACAAAUAUAAUUAUACUUAAAAUAAGCCUUGUCACCUAAAAAGUAAUUUGUUAGACAAUUUUCAGUUCUUUCAAGUAAAUUUACUCAAAAUAAGUAGAAAAAAAAUUGUCAGUGGAAUCAGUUCCAAUGAUUCAUUUCUGUAUUUAGUUUUAAGUUAAAUUCUGCUUGAAGCAAGUGAAAGUUGUCUGGGGGGAAAAAAGUUACGUCUUAGGUGAUUAGCCUUUUUUUAAGUGUACUCAGAUUAGUUCUGACGAGAAAUAAGCAAAUAUUUUCGUAAGCUGUUGAGUUUUUGCCAUGCAGUGAGAAUGUAUUGGUGCACCGUAGUCAGGAUUCUACUCGUGUGCUGAAAUGACUUUACUAGUGAGGACUGAGGGCGUACUAGUACGGUAUGUGUUCACGGUGAGGGCUCACACAUUCCUCACUUGAAUUUAAUGCAUCACUGGCAGUUGGAGUAAUAUUGUUUGAAGAGUUUUAAAAAAAAAAUUUAAAAAAUAAAAAAAAAAGCCCACCUCCAACAAACUUGUUGAGCAGAGGGGGCGGAGUACACCAAGAGAGCUGUGUGAGUAUAAAUAGGUCGCACAAGAUUCUGCUGUGGGUAAAGGGAGUGCACGGACCUCGCAGGAGCAACUGGCUCUCUACCAUUUUAGUUGGAAAUACGGGGACAUUGAACCCCUCGCUCUGCACCACAGCACCAGCAUGGAGACAUCCAGCACAACUUUCCUACCCAUAUUCGGCCUCGGCUCGAUGGCACAGUCAGCUGGACUGGUGGAGAUUGCCGUCCGGCUGUGUUUGAACCAACGUAAACAAUUGUGUCCUCAUGUUUGGGUGCCCAUCCUGAAACCGCUGCGACCUUGCAUCCGCUCCGUACCUCCAAAACACGUAUCAUCUGACGUCCUACGCCAAGUCCGGGCAACCCAGAGUCUCGCGGGUUACCUCGACGACUUGGAUGAUUAUGACGACGAUGAUGUUUGGGCCCCCGUCAAAAACAAGCAUGUGGUUUUCGCUGACUCCACGGGCCGGUCGCUGACAGAUGUGCGAGUCUUUUCUGAUGAGGAGGACCACUGCGACCUGGACCCCCUGCCGUCCCUCCAGGGUUUGGUCGUGAUGACGGAGGCCGGUUACAGCUGCACGGUCAGCACCUGCUGCCCGGGAACGCAGCUCACGCUUGGCUUCCCGCAGCCCUCCGCUAAUUUCCAGGCCUUUCGAGCCAAGCUCGCAGAGAACAUGGUCACCCUGGAGAACUGCACGGUCACCGAGCAAGCCCUCAGAGGCACCGUCCGAGUCCAAAAUGUCAGCUUCCAAAAAGACGUGCGUGUGCGUAUCACCUUUGACUCGUGGCAGAGCUACAGAGACGUCCCCUGCACGUACUUGCAGCAGCGCUUUGGAGGGCCGCAAACAGACAUCUUUGAGUUUGACAUAGACAUACCCAAAGUGCUUGAUGCCAAGAGGAAGAUAGAAUUCUGCUUAAGUUAUUCACCAGGAGGGCAGAGUAAUACCUUUUGGGACAACAACAAUGGACAGAACUACACAAUUGAUGUGUGUGUGAGCUCACAUCUUUGUCACAGUUAAAGGUCAAACAAAGAAUCUCAUCAGGCUAAACUUGAGAAUUUAAUGCAUACGUAAAUGUUUGAAGACAAGAUUGUUAUACUUAAGUGUGUUGUGCUUUUCUCUGCCUUUUUUAUUGUGUUCUAAUAAAGAAAAUACUUGUCUUCUAAAGGUUAAUUUUCA